UAUCACCAAAUCGACCGAUCCGCAAAUAUGGCCGGAGAAGCAGACUCUGCUGCCAUGACCACCAGCAGCGCUGAUCGCAUGGUAGGCAUGGACCACGCUGAAGUGCGUUAUUUCACGAGUUAUGAUCACCAUGGCAUUCAUGAGGAGAUGCUUAAAGAUGAUGUUCGUACUAGAUCGUACCGUGACUCUAUCUACCAGAACCGUCACAUCUUCAAGGACAAGGUCGUUCUCGAUGUCGGUUGCGGAACUGGUAUUCUCAGCAUGUUCGCCGCCAAGGCAGGUGCCAAGCAUGUCAUUGGUGUCGACAUGUCGUCGAUCAUUGAGAAGGCUCGUGAGAUUGUUGCUGUGAAUGGCUUGUCGGACAAGAUCACCCUGCUCCAGGGAAAGAUGGAGGAGGUUGUCCUCCCUUAUCCUAAGGUUGAUAUCAUCAUCUCCGAGUGGAUGGGCUACUUCCUUCUCUAUGAGAGCAUGUUGGACACCGUUCUCUACGCCCGUGACCGUUACCUUGUUCCUGGCGGCAAGAUCUUCCCCGACAAGGCCACCAUGUACUUGGCCGCCAUCGAGGAUGGCGAGUACAAGGAUGACAAGAUUGGAUUCUGGGACAAUGUGUACGGAUUCAACUACAGCCCGAUGAAGGAGAUUGCUCUUACCGAGCCCCUUGUCGACACUGUCGAGAUGAAGGCGCUCGUUACCGACCCCUGCCCCAUCAUCACCCUUGAUCUUUACACCGUUACUCCGGCCGACUUGGUCUUCAAGGUACCCUUUUCGCUUCCUGCCAAGCGCAGUGACUUCAUCCACGCAGUGAUCGCUUGGUUCGAUAUUGAAUUCGGCGCAUGCCACAAGCCCAUCACCUUCUCCACCGGUCCCCAUGCCAAAUACACCCACUGGAAGCAGACCGUCUUCUACCUUCGCGAUGUUCUGACCGUCGAAGAGGAGGAAGUUGUCUCCGGUGUUCUCGAGAACAAGCCGAACGACAAGAACAAGCGCGACCUUGACAUCAGCAUCUCCUACAAGUUCGAGACCACGGAUCCGAACCGUUACUCCGAGGGCAGCUGCUUCUACAGGAUGUGCUAAAUUCUUGGCCAUCCCUUGUUUCUUCGGUUGCUUAGCUAUUUUGCUUGGAGUCGAUUUAUGUUCACCAGUAACAUAAAGUGGUUCUGCCCUGUGGGCAGCAUAGCAUUUUAACGGAAGUUCACUUGUAUGGAUGUCGGUCUGAUGGAAGGUUAUAUUUUGGACUUCC